CGCUCGUUUGAAUGAUUAAUUUGGUUUCAAUAAAAUAUGAGUGCUUCUGAAUUUUGUAAAGCCGAUUCCGCUUACAUAGAAUCUAAACGACGUGAAUUAAAGGAAUUUUUCAAAGAUGCUAAAUUUCCUCAAGAAGUUAUUGAUAAUGUAAUCGAAAAUGAAUUGAAACCUUUAACGGAAAGUACAUCGGAAAAUAAACCAUACAUUGCUGCAUCAGCAUCAGGAGAUGUAAAGUCAGAAUAUGAAGUAAUGUCAGGUCAACCUUUUACACAAUUUGAAGAAUGUACCAAACCGUUUAGCUCCGAAGAGGUAAAGAAUAUGAUCAAAGAUAAUCCUAUUAUAGCAGAAAAAGCGCGCCAAAUUCAAAUAGCAACCGACCGAGAUGGGCGAUGUAAGGGUAAGACAAUACCCUAUGAUCAAAUAAAUAUCGAUACUUUUGGAGAAAUGACCGACGAGUUGAACGCAGCUAAGGGUGAUGUAGAAAAAAUUAAAAGGAUCAAAUAUAAAAAUAUGCAAGCCUUGUUUAAGUCAGCUGAUGACUUUGCUGCGAAAGACGGUACGAUUAAACACAAAGUUGUUGAUAGUGAAGAUGAUAGUCAAGAAUCCAGUAAUGAUGAGCGAGAAUUUCAAUCGAUUGACAAAGUCGUUACAGAAAUUACCAAUAAAUCGUACGAGACUCGCUUUAACGAGACCAGGGAUAUGCUACAGAAGUUGGCUGAUAAAUAUGAAGAUCCAGAGCAAAUGAAAAAUGUCAGCAAAGAUCGUAAGCUUAUCGUUACAGAAGAUUCGAUCUUAAAGGAAUCCUCAUCCCAUCUGAUUAAGGGACAAAUAAGACCAACGGUGUUCGAUGAAGUCAAAGAAACUUAUAUGAUUAAUGAAGCAAUGAACAUAUCUUUAGUGGAUAAUCCUGUUAAACUCGAUUUGAGUUGCAAACCAAAGAAUAUAAUAAAGGAGAAAGCAAAAAAAGUUGAUGAAGAAGUGGUCAAUUUUGAAGAUGUUUUUCCAAAAACAUUUGAGGAAAAAUUAAAAGACACCGAAAAAGCUUUACGUGAUAUAAACUCGAUGCUUGAUACAAGUAAAUCAUGUGAAAAUAAAGAAGACAAUAAGGAGAAUAUUAAAGAGCCGCCUCAAAUCAAAAUUGAAUGCACAGUUGUCAACGAAGAUGUCAGUAGAGACCAAAAUAGAACGAAAUUUGAUGAAACGAUGGAAGAAACAUUGCAUAAUGCCCUAGAAAACAUACUUGAUGUUGGUAAUAAUGACAAUACAGAGAACAAAGAAAUGGAAUUCCAAGAAAUGAAAAAUUUGGCUCGAAACAUUGUUGACGGUGCGGAAAAUCUCAGUUUAUUAAUACGCGAGGACAUCACGAAUAAACUCAAUUCUAUGAACGAACUUUUGAACGAUGUUAACGUUGCUUUAGAAAAUUCUAGAAAAUCUAACUUGGCAUACCAGAAAUUAAAAGAGGAGAGUGAGCAACGCAAUAAACUUAAAACAAGUAAUAAAGAUAACGAUAAAGAUGACAAAAUAGAAAGCCAAACUAAAGCUGAACAGAAAACUGUUACUCAGACUGAUAUAGAUGAAAUUCAUUCUGCCAUUAGUGAUUUAAAUGUUGAGAUAAAAUGUCAUGAAGACCGAAUAAACAAGAGCAAAGAAAGUUGUGAAUUGCGAACAAGAGAAUGUCGCAAUUUCAUUAAAGAAGUUGAUGAUGUUUUACACAAAUCGCACGAAAUAUUACACCCAAAAGCAGUUUCUUCAGUAAGUUCAAUUUCAGAAAUAAAUAAUGAAGUGAGUUUGAAUAAUGACGUUAAAAAUUCACGAAAGGAAUUAUGGGAUCUUGAUAUAGUGUACAAAGAUGAGAAAAAUAAGAAAAUGGCAGAACACAAAAAACAAGAACUAGAGCGUAAUAAACGAAUUAACGAUUUAUUAUAUGAUAUUAAAGAUAAAAUGAAAGAUAACAAAGAAGUAGUGCGGCUAGCUAAUAACUUAAUGCGUACAGGAAAUAGUAAGCAGAACUCUUCAGGGUCUUGUACAAUUACUGAAAUUCCUCAUCUUGAUAAUGACAAACGGGCUCAAGGAGAUCACAUUUAUGAAAACGAAAGAACUGGUAUUGUUUCUAAAAUAUCAGAAUUACCUUCUCUGAAUGAUGGUAAUACAUGCAUUUUCAAUGAUGAAGCGAAAAAACUUAAAGAGAAGGAGGCUGAAAGACAGAAACAGAUAGAGUUCAAACGAAAGAUGGAAAAGGAGAUGGAAGAAGAAAACAGAGGUCCUCGCAUGACAAAAGAGUUUAUACGGAAUCAUUGCAAACAACAUAAGUUGUAUUGUACUCCAUAUCUUAAUGAUAUUUUGUAUUUACAUUUCAAGGGAUUUUCCAAGAUAGAAAAUCUCGAAGAAUAUACAGGUUUAAAAUGUAUAUUUCUCGAAAAUAACGGUAUUCAACGUAUCGAGGGCCUGGACACACUUUCUGAACUAAAGUGUUUAUAUCUACACUAUAACAUUGUGAGGAAAAUAGAAAAUUUGGACGGAUGUCCCAAACUAGAUACGUUGAAUUUGGACCACAAUUUUGUCACUAAGAUUGAGAAUUUGGACGUCGUCCCGGAUUUGCAUACUUUGAGCAUCGGACAUAACAUGUUGACGACUGUAGAUGACCUAGAACAUUUAAGAACAUGCAAAAAUCUAUCAGUGCUAGAUCUCUCGUACAAUCGUCUGGAGGAUCCUUUGAUCGUGGAUGUGUUGGCUGAUAUGAAUGUUCUUAAAGUAUUGGUGUUAACCGGUAACCCAGUAGUCCGCAACAUACCGGCGUACCGCAAAACGUUAACAUUACGACUCAAAGAGUUGUUGAAUUUGGACAAUCGUCCGGUGUUCCCGAGGGAUAGAGCGUGUGCUGAAGCCUGGCAGAGGGGGGGCGUUCAGGAGGAGAUUGCUGAGAGGAAACGAUGGAUCGCACGUGAUCAGGAAAAAACUAUGGAAAGCGUUCGAUAUUUGAUUAAAAUGAGAGAUGAGAAUAAAGCAAAGAGAGAAGCUAGGGAGAAAGAAGAGAGAGAAAAAUUAGGUUUACCUCCAAAGGAGGAAGAAACACAAAUAGAAGAAGUAGAUAAUACAGUUUCAGAAGAAAAAUGUGUUGAAGUGAAAACUAAAGAUGGUGUAUUAGUUGAUAUGCUCACCGGUUCAGAGGCAGAUGAUAGCACUAGUGAAAGUGAUAGUGAUAGUGAUGGUGAUAAGCCUGCAGAAACACCAAACAUUGAAUGGUCGGUUAUGGGAAGGGAUAAGAGAUUGGUCCAAGAGGUGAAAGAGGAGAAGUCAGAUCAAGCAGAGGAUGUCUGGCCAGGGUUUGGAAAUAGGAUCACUCCAGCGCCAGGGGAUAUGGACUUUACUUCAAAUGCUCAAGCUUUAAACAAUUUGCUGUUUAACCAAGCACCACAUACGGAUAGAAGGAGAGUACAAAAAGUGUCGAAUGAACCUCAACCUUCAUCUGGAAUGAAAAUAACCGAAAUCGAUGAAAACGAUGAAAAUAUUUCUCAAUUCGAAGCAAAGCGACGUCCGUUGAUAGAAAUCAUAGAAGAAUAUAAUAAAAAAUCUGAAAAACAAAAUGAGAAACCACCUUUACUUGAGGAUGUGACUAAAGAAAACAAUAUUGUUGAAACUGAAAAUGUUAUUAUAGAUCACGAUAAGAAAAUACUUAUAGAAAAGUGUACUGUUUCUAAAAAUAUAGCUACGUUUAAUAAUUUAAAUAAAAAUAGUGAGAAACCAUUGAAAAAUAUAGCUAUAAAAGAAAUUAAAGUAGAUACAGCAGCUGACGGUGACGACAAAACAGAUAAAACUGAUAUUAAAGAAAAUGAGGAAUCAAAUAAGAGUGAAUCUGAAAAUAAAUCAAGCAAUGAAGGUUCUAGUGAUGUAAAGAGCUUCGACGAACGCAGACGUAAUGUUCAACAAACGGAAGCCGGUCCAGCCCUCAUAUCCUACCUCAAAAACACAGACACACAUACAAACGACGAAGAUCUAAAACCGAGUGAAGAAGAUUUGGAGAUAUUUGCUGAAUUAGAAAGGGAACAGGAGGAAAGGGAUGCGAGGAUCGCGAGGGGAGAACCGGCCGUUGAUCCUAUGAAACUGUACGACAAGAAAACAAUGGACGCCUACUAUAAGGCUGAAGAGAAGCAGCCAGCGCACGAGGUUAUUGAUAAGAAUUAUGUCACGACGUAUAAAACGGAUAAUGCGUUUGACAGGAUCGCGCUUAGCCAACUCACGAUGGGAGAUCAGCCUGAUCCAAAUAAAGUAAAGCUCACACAUGUGCCCGGCGCAGUUUUGUUUGAAUACGUAAACAAUCAAGCGCCUAUCGAAGUUGAAUAUGAAAUCGGCGAAGAGAAAAUUGAAUCUGCUCCGUCCUCAGAUGAUACACAAUCUAUAAACAUAGAUAGUGAUACUGAUUCAAGUGAUUCUGAUGAAGUUAUUUUAGCGCAAAGUAAUAGAAAUAAAUCUAUUGAAGUAGUAGAGACUGAAAAUAAAAGAAAUAGACCGAAAACAGCGAACCAACGUGGAACUUAUAAACAGAAAGAGAUACGUGAUGAUAAAAUUGAUAAUAAUGAUAAAUUAGAUGCAGUUAUUGAACACGAUGAUGGCCUUGCUUCUGAAGAUGGUGCCCAACCCAGUUCAUCUCGCGAGAUACAAAACUCUGAUCACGAUGAAGCCAAGCGCAGUAUCAUUGAUACUAUUAACUCUUAUGAAGAUAAUAGGUUUCCUUCCGGAGGAACAAACUAUGCAGACAUGGAUCAAAACGCUCGUAUAGAACAAUCGGUUGCAUCUGAGAUUCUUGAAAGAACGAUUCGUUAUGAAGAAGAACAAUAUUAUAAACAGUGUGAUGUUGUUAACUUGCAUGCGGGUAAAGUUGAUAAUAGGACCAAUGCUAUUAUUGAAACUAUAUCGGAUAGUUUGGAUAAUCGGUAUACGCUACCGGAAGUAUCGCAAAUUCUAGAAGCGCACAUUGGUCUAGCGGAACAAAGAUGGCGGGCGGGAGAGUACGUACGGUACGUACCGAGCCCGCCAGAGUCUAUCAUUGAAGAUAAUGACAUAGAUAGAACAUUAGUACCAAGCGAUAAUUCCUUUGAUGAUACGUUAACAGAAGCAAGAAUGCCUAUAAUUGGUGAAGCUAAUGAUUCCGGUAUUUGCAAUGAUGAUAAUAAUGAUUCGAGAGUCGAAUAUGCGUCUGUUGUUGAUGUACCGAUUGAUAAUGAUAAUAAUGAAACUUAUGAAGUUAAUGAAAUUAAUGAAACGAAUGAAGUUAAUGAAGUAAAUGAAAGUAAUGAAGUUAAUGAAACUAAUCAAGUUACUGAAGAUAAUGAUUCUAAUGAAGUUAAUGAAGUAAAUGAAGUAAAUGAAGCUAAUAUAAGUGUUCUUUCUAAUGAAGGUGAUGAAGUUUUUGAAGAUUGUCUCGAUAUUGAUAAAGUGGAGGGGCAAGGAGACUUUGAUCGUGUUGACGAGAAUUAUACUUUAGAAAUGAAAUUGGCUCUUGGGAUUGAAAAGCCAUAGUUACAUACUAUAACAAUCAUAGAUAAUGAUUUUAGUUUGAGUGUAGAUGUGGUUGAAAUGAUUAAGAUUAAUCUUUUAUGAUGUUAUUUAUUUAUUAAUUUUAAACAUAGUGAAAAUGUUUUUUUUUUCUUUAUUUUUAUUCAAUCUGACUGCUGAUAGUUGGAAAAUUUGGUCAUUUGCGUCGGUAUUAUUAUUUUUUAAAAUAGUAUUGAAUUACGACUAAAUAAUAUUAUUGUUAGGCACUCUGUAGGUAUUAGAAGUAUUUUUUUGUUAGUUUCACUAAUAAAUGUUGUUGCAUGCA